AUGGCGGAGGAGGUAUGGGUAGGCACCUGGAGGCCCCACCGCCCCCGGGGACCCAUCAUGGCGCUCUACAGCAGCCCAGGACCCAAGUACCUGAUCCCACCGACCACAGGCUUCAUGAAGCACACCCCCACCAAGCUGCGUGCGCCGGCCUACAGCUUCCGGGGGGCCCCCCUGCUCCUGGCGGAGAACUGCUCCCCGGGACCUCGCUACAGCGUGAACCCCAAGAUACUGAGGACGGGCAAGGACCUUGGCCCCGCCUACUCCAUCCUGGGGCGCUACCACACCAAGGCCACACUGACCCCAGGCCCCGGCGAUUACUUCCCAGAGAAAUCUACCAAGCAUGUGUUCGACUCGGCGCCCAGCCACUCCAUCUCAGCCCGGACAAGGACGUUCAGGGUGGACAGCACCCCAGGCCCCGCAGCAUACGCGCUGCCCAUGGUGAUGGGCCCACACACGGUGGGCAAGACAUCCCAGCCCUCUUUCUCCAUCAAGGGCCGAAGCAAGCUGGGCAGCUUCAGUGACGACCUGCACAAGACCCCAGGUCCUGCUGCCUAUCGCCAGACUGACGUGCAGCUGACCAAGUGGAAGGCCCCGCAGUAUACCAUGGCUGCCCGUGUGGAGCCUCCAGGGGACAAGACUCUCAAGCCAGGACCAGGAGCCCACAGCCCAGAGAAGGUGACGUUAACCAGGCCCUACGCACCCGUGGUCACCUUCGGCAUCAAGCACUCUGACUACAUGACGCCCCUGGUGGUGGACGUGGAGUAG